AGUCAAGAUCGAAUCAGUUCCGUGGCAAGAAGGGAUCUCUCACUCUCUCUCUUUCCCUUUCUCCAUCUCCCUCGCUCUCUCUUCCUCUCGUUUUUAUUCCGUUCCAUCUCUCUUGUCCCAGCGGUGUUCGAGGAUAGUAAUAUGUCCAUUACCGAAACCGGCAGUAAACAACCUUCUGCGGUAUUCUAAAAACUCCCCCAGGGAGCCUUUUCGCUUCGCCUUCGUCUUCUGCGGUAUUCCGAGACCCUCAGGAACCCUCUCGCCCUCCCACCUGCCAUUGCCCUUCGAGAAGGAACCCCGAGGGACGCCAUGACCGCCCCAGAAAGGCGGGGAUCAGUCACGGUCAUCCUCCAGAACGCCUCGAGCUACUGCUUGGUCACGAGUCCUCGGGAGCCCACGAAGCUGCAGCCGGAUUGCUGGGACGAAGGAGCCGUUAGGAGAGAGGAGGAGAACGGAGCUCCUGACGAAGCUGCUGCUCCUGAAGGAGGAGCUCCUGACGGAGGGAAGAGAGCAGCUAAACGGGACCCCCAGUCUUCUUCUCCCACGAAGUCAAAGACGCAAGGGAAGAGGAAAGAGGAGCCAACGAGGGUCAGGUCUUCCUCUUCCUCUUCCUCUCCCUCGAGCGCCAAGAGGAAAGAGGAGGAUGUAGGGAAGAGAGGAGCAGGAGAAGGGAACCUGAGGAAGCAGAGCCUGAAGAAGAGGAUCAAAGAGGAUCCUCAGGAAGAAUCUUCCCCAGUGGCUGAUCAGUACGAGAAAGUCUAUGAUCUGAUGGUAGGACGUUCGGAGGUCUAUUCCCAAGUCGUGGAGGCCCUUAGGAAGUCUUGUGGGAAAAGCAAGGUCCUUCUGGGUCUUCCUGAUAGCCCGAAGGAACAGAUUGUCCUUCGGGAGUUUUCGUUGGACGAAAAUGUUCACAGGAUCAGUAGAAGCUCGUUCACCGUGGCAGUUGCAGCUGCCAAGAUGAGACUCCAUUACGAACGUGCCCUCGCCCUAAGGGCAAAAAGCAAGAGGCAUGACAGAGGAAGACACGGUAAGAAAGUGUUCGAAGACGCCUUCGUCACAACGUGGAGUCAGCCCAUCCUAUCGGCCAGUAAACAAGGAUUCUCGAUCACGUUUGAGAAGGCUAAGAAGCCUCGCAUCGUACGGGUAUCCAAGCUCCGGCGGAAGAGCGUCGCCCUGGAGUUGCCCAAGCCCGCCGAGGACGACGCCCCUAGGGAGGAGGCGGAGUGGGUGGAGUGGAGGAGGGUGCACGACAGCGUGACCAACUGGCUGGCUGACAACUCCAAGGUGGAGCCUGACGAGAGUCACAUCAUAACGAUGCUCAUGGAGGCUGAUCAGAAGAAGAGCAUCUUCCUGAAAUAGGCCAAUAGGCCUAGGCUCUUUAACCUAUUUUGGAAUAAAAACAUACAUGCAUGUGUUUGUACGUA